GAAGUCCGAUGGGGAUGCGAUGAGAAUGGCUAGGUCACUGGUGUCAAAUUCCUGCAAACAUUGCGAGGUAUAUGUUGUCGAUGGAACCAGAGAAAGGAAUGGGAUUGAGAUCACUUCAACUGAUGCUGAUUAUGUGCCAGAGGAAGGUGAGGACAGUGCUGAUGAUGAUGGGUUGCUAGAGGUUGAAGUGGAUGCUGAGUCAGAGCCUUCUACUGAAGAAGAGGUAUUUGAUGAUAGUGCUGAUGAUGGUGACCAUCAUGAUCAGUUUGGGUUUGAGGUGGAGGAUAAUGAUCCACCAUCAAAUGCAUUUGGGGGAUUUACUGGCCCACUAAAUGAUGAGAGAACUGCAGCAGCUGGAACAGCUGAAGGUGAUGAAGGUUUAAGAGAGGGUGAUGAGCAAGUUGGGGGCUUAUCUGAUGGAUAUGAGACUGAUGACAUAGAUAGUUAUGAGGGGGACUCUGAUGAUAUGAUAAAAAAGAGGAGGUUCCCUAAGUACAAUGAGGCAGAGAUAAACAGAGAGUAUGAAUUUCAGGUGGGGCUGGAAUUUAAAUCACUUAGUCAAUUCAAAGAGGCUGUUAAGGAGCAUGCCCUAUUGAAUGGUAGGGACAUUAGGUUUCGAAAAAAUGAUAAGGUGAGGUGUAGAGUUGUUUGCAAAGGAAGAAAGGGAAAGUGCAAGUGGGUUUGUUUUGCGAGUAAGGUGGGGGGUUCUGACUGUUUCCGAAUCAAGACGUUGAAUGGAAAGCAUACAUGUGGAAGGAACCAUAGCGGAAGACUUGCAUCAAGUAGUUGGAUCUCAAAGAAGAUUGCCAACAACAUCAGUAGAGGGGAAGAGAUGAAGCUUGCGACAGUUAUUCAGACUAUACAAGACAAAUACAUGGCCAAUAUCAGUGUUGGUAAGGCUUACUGGGCAAGGAGGAAGGCAAGAGAAGAGGUACAUGGGCGGGCAAUCCAACAGUAUGCUAAACUAAGGGAUUACUGUGCAGAAAUACUUAGGGCAAAUCCAGGAUCUAGUCUGACCAUAUUGGUUGAUAGGCCUUCUCUUAUGCACCAGCCCCGAUUUAUGAGAAUGUACAUGUGCCUUGAUGCAGUCAAGAAAGGCUUCUUGGCAGGGUGUAGACCUAUUAUUGGCGUGGAUGGAUGUCACUUGAAGGGCGACCAUGGACAGCAGCUGCUAGUUGCUGUUGGCAGAGAUCCAAAUGACAAUUACUUUCCCAUUGCCGUAGCUGCAGUAGAGGCAGAGACUAAGAAUAGUUGGGGGUGGUUCUUAGAGAUGCUGUUAAAUGACAUUGGAGAAUCAAGAAAAUGGGUUUUUAUGAGUGACCAACAAAAGGUCUGCAUAUAAAAUCUAUGGGUAAUGACACCACUGUAACGUCGUCAUCCCUCUAGACAUCGCUGCUUCUGAAUCCCCUGUCACUGGUUUUCUGCUUCUAAAUUUCCUGUCACUGGUUCUCUGCCUCCUCAUUGUGGCUCAACCUCUCGUUAGCUUGGUCUGAUCAUUGGCAAAGCCUAAUCUAAAUAAGUUUGUAUCCCUUGGAAGGCCAGCGUGGAAGGAAGCUUGUGCUACUCUUCAAAAGCUUUUUUCAGGUACAAGUUGCAACCUCAAUUUGUUCUUUUCUUUUACAAGUAGGACAAGAUGAUUUGUGUGGUACAAUAUUGAAGGAAUCUAGGUAGGAAAGAAAGAAAGAAAUAAAAAUAAAAGGAAAAGAAUAAAAUAGAGAAAAAACGUCAUUUUUUAGUUGAGCAAACAAACGUUCUAAUGCCUUAAACGUUACACUGGCUUAUACUUCCAUUAACACUUUCACUGGUUUUGUUGGAUGGAAAUCUUCUUCUUUGUUUCCAGAUUCUAAUGCCUUAAACGCUACACUUUCACUCCCUUUCAACCCAAAACCGCACUUCUCCGUCACUUGCUCUGCCUCUUCUUCCGAUACCACAGUUUUUUCUUUCUUCUCAUUAUGCUCUUCAUUUUGUUCAAUUUAGUUUCUUUUUCUUUUUUAUUUUUCUUUCAGUUCAUUUAUUUUUCGAAGUGGUAAUGUAGCUACUUUAUCUAUGUGAUAAUAAAGGUGACGUUGCUGGUUCCUAAUAGCAUUCAGUUUUAAAAAAUUUGUUGCUUUAGAUAGUGGUGCAAAUUGUUAUAGGGUUCUAGGAGAGGGUAAUUCAGAUAUUUUUGAGUCUUUGAGAUGAAUCAAUUAAUGGAGAUUGUUGAAUUUGAUUGAUUGAAGGCAUGGAAAAAGAGGGAAAAAAGUUCUGUUAACAAUUAACAUUCAUUUGUAUGUUUUACAUAAAUGAGUAAUAUUGUUCAAAUUUGGAACUGUUAUAAGCAUUUCUUUCUCUUGAUUACUCUUUCAUUUUCUUGAUUAUACUCAUUUAAGCAAGAGAAAUUCAUGAUUUUUGUGGUGAUUUUGUCUUCAGAUCUUCUGCUGGUGAAGGCUGCCAGAGGAGAACCUGUUAGUCGGCCACCAGCAAGGAUAAUUUUGUCUUUAUGAUAUAUUUGAGCAUUGUUUGUGUAUUGACAUUUGACAAAUCUGUUUGUGGUAUCAAAUUAUCUUCAAAUCUUACUUUUUGUUUGUGAUUUUUUAGUUGGCAUUGAUGCUUAUAUUUGCAAGUUACUCCAAAACUGCAGGGUUAAGUCGAUUGUGAGGAACAUAGCUAUAUACUUAUUAACAAAUACUUGAACGAAUGAAACUAUAUAAUACUACAUCUUUUCUCUUAGCUUAUUAUGCUAUACUAGUUCAGUUCGUUGUAAUUACUGUGAGGAGCAUAGCUAUAUACUUAUUAUUGCUUAUUAUGCUAUACUAAUUAGUUUAGUGAGAUUGUAUUAUUAUUAGUUAUUAUUGAUGGAUCACGUGAAUUAACCUCAAUUUCUUUUGGUUCAUUAACUCACCUGGUGUGGAACUUCUUAGUUUAUGCAUUUUUAUUUUAACUAAGAGAUUUAUUCUUCCAUGUAGGUAGGUUCUUUCAACCAAAGCACUCUAGCUUCUCAAGCAAAGAACAUGCCUUUGCUCAUUGGGUUCAAAUCAGAACUUUUAUAGCAUGAAGUAUAUACUGUCUUUAAAUUCGCCAGACAAGAUAAAGAUCAGAUUUAAGAUUCUUUGUAGUUCUUUAUGUGGAGCAGUUACCAUUAAAUCCAAGAGAGUCCACUCAAGCUGGGUUACCACACCAACUUUGUUGAAGAAAAAUGAAGAAAUUGUCACCCUUAGGCUAUAGUAUUUUUGUAUUUUGAAAAAUGGUGUUGAUAUAAGUAAAAGUAGUUAUGACCUAAACUAGUAUUAUGUUAUUUUGCAAUGAUGAUAUAUUGUGAUUGUGGAUCUUACAACAAUUUUUGUAAGUCAAA